GAUAACCCAUUGACUUCAAACCUCUGGAGACAUUCCAAAAGAGUUGACGAUCCUGUCGGACUUUUUUGCACUCCACCACAACCAUGUUGUCCUCAAAGCUGCGACCAUGCGCCACUCAGUUCGGCAGAUUCAUGGUCCCACUACGAGUGCGGUACUCGAGCGUCGCUGAGCAGAGCUUCGAGCACAUCAAGGUCUCCACUCCACGACCUGGCGUCGGACUCGUUGAGCUCUCCCGACCAAAGGCCCUCAAUGCACUCUUCACUCCCCUCAUCACCGAACUCAACACCGCCAUGAAAGCCUUCGACAAGGACGCCAGCAUCGGCGCGGUCGUCCUGACCGGAUCCGAGAAAGCCUUCGCCGCCGGAGCCGAUAUCAAGGAGAUGUCCACCAAGACCUUCGCCGAGGCUUACGGCGCCGACUUCAUCGAGUCAUGGUCCGAAAUCCCGAACACAAUCAAGAAACCUGUCAUCGCCGCCGUCAACGGCCACGCGCUCGGCGGCGGCUGCGAGUUGGCCAUGAUGGCCGACAUCCUCUACGCUUCGGAGAAGGCCAACUUCGGACAACCCGAGAUCAAGCUGGGAAUCAUCCCUGGCGCAGGAGGUUCGCAGCGUUUGACGGCUGCGUUGGGCAAGAGCCGCGCGAUGGAGUUGAUCCUCACGGGAAAGAGCUUCAGCGGACAGGAUGCGUACGACUGGGGUCUGGCGGCGAGGGUCUUCCCCACGCCCGAGGAGUGUCUCGAGGGAGCGCUCAAGACGGCCGAGACUAUCGCAGGCUACUCGCGGAUUGCGGUCAAGGCGGGUAAAGAGGUUGUCAACAAGAGUCAGGACUUGGGCAUCCGGGAGGGUGUGGAGUAUGAGAGGAGGGUCUUCCACGGUCUUUUCGGAAGCGAAGACCAGAAGAUUGGAAUGAAGGCUUUUGCGGAGAAGAAGAAGGCUGAGUGGGCGCACAAGUAGAAGUUCACUUUGGAAAUUGUUCUGGUCACGCAAGCUAUAUCGUUGUGGUGCUCAUUUCGUUUUCCGCAGCUCUCAUGCUCGUGAUGAAUCAAUGAAUCUCAAUUUGAAGAGGAAAACAAAAUGUCUCUCCGAUCACGCUUUUCGAGAGUUACGCAGAAUGAAAUCUCCUAUGAUCAGGUUGACCAACAGUUCACGAUUCGGCCGUAGCAGAAGUGGCACUCACGGGUGUCUCGGGAUGACCUGGUUGAUAUUGUACCAGGUUUCCACGCAAUUUUGCAGGGUUCAGAUAUCUUCCACUUAGACUUCUGCCCGGUACGUCUAUCAUGACAUCUGACUUACCAUAAGCUAUUGGAAGAAGCAGGAUUGACUGUAGACCUUGACGGCGCAUGGCACGGCAUCGUACUCGCGUUCGGGGUCAAAAUAGAAGAUAUCGACACCGGCAACGACGCU